ACCCAUAUCUCAUAGGAACCCAAAGUUGAUGGUGUUCUCUAGUGGGGGUUGGGUUCACCACCUCCAUUCACCCCUCCACCAUAUUGCUACAUCUACAUGGUCCCCUCCCACUUCUUGCCUACUUCAACUUGUGCAGAGUCAGACAACAACCGAAUAGGUUUAGAGUCGUUCAAGCUCAUGUGGCGCUCCAUUAUGCAAUUGGCAAUGUGUGUCUACCCUCGCAACCAACAAGCUUCGCUCUCCACUUUCCUUCACCUUCUUCCCCACUCGGAGAUGAGAUGUUGAUCGGUAAUUCGAUUAGACACCCUGCUAUUGCCUUCCUCCCGUCUACCAAUCUACCGUGGUCCCCUCUCCUAAACUGUUUCACACGUACAAUCAUCAUUGCAAGAAACCCAGGUCACCCACUCUCUAUUCUAGUUUUACAGGCAUUGAUAACACCGUAUUUAUACAUAUUUUCCCACAAUUUCUUGGCCAUUUGGCUUACCCUUUGAUCGCCUUUUGGCCCGUUUUACGCUAGGUAGUGCUUGUUGAUUAUGUUUUAGGUCCUAACACGUGAAUGGAGGCUGAGAAGCAAGUUUGUGUGCAACUGGAGAGCAGAUGGGAACCGAAGGUCAAAGCAGCUAAAUCCAAGGUCUGGAAGCUACGACCGUGGAUUCCAUGUUUUAAUCGUGGAUUAUUGGCAGGAGUAUUCCCCGGUCUGGUGGCUCAAUUCCACGACCAGGGAUUACAGGGGUAUGAUCGUGGAUUUUGCUUCGAGGGCCACUAGAAUCCACGCACAAUUUGGAAUUCCACGAUCUGAAACCCAAUUCCACGGUAGUGGACUGCGGCGUCUAUGGGUGUUCAAAUGGUUUACCAUAGUAAUUACCGAACCAAACAAGUCAAAAUUCUAUUAACCAUGGAAUACAAUAUCAUAACCAAACCGUCCAAACUAAUACAACAACCAAAUUAAUCAAAUUACAGUUUAAUCGGUUUGGUUAAUUGCUUUACCAGAUUACCCAGUAUAACAUCACAUUAUCAUUAAAGGGAGAAAAUUUUCGGUUAAUGCAUCAAUUCACGAUUUAUAUGAUGAAUAAAACAUUACAAUGAACACAUAGUUAUAGUUAACCCUUGUAGGAAUAUAUGCAACUAACCGAACCACCUGAACCAAACAAGCUGAAUUUUUUAAUCAAAGCAAACCAAUUAUCCAAAUUAACCAAACCAAAUUAGCCAAAUACUACCGGUUAAAACGGUUACCACGGGAACCACACAGUUUGAACACCUCUAGCGGCGUCAGGUCUUCUAAGUUGCAGCUGAAGGGAUUUGGUUGACUAUUCGGGUUUUGCAAGUUCUAAACUGAGAGAGAACCCUAGAGAGAAAAAAGUGAUGAAGCAGAACCUUGGGAAAGGAUUGGAGCGAUUUAAGGACAUUGGAGCUCGAUCUUUCACCCUCGGAGUGGCAAUUUCCAGCAUGGAGCAGACUCUCAUCCCUCACAUGAUGAUUUCUCUUCCAAGCUUUGCGUUUUCUCUUUUCUCUAUGGAGUAAACUCCCUUUUUAUCUGAGUAUGAAGAACCCUAGUCUUGUAUGUUAGGAAUGGUUGUAUGAACCCAGUUUGUGAAUGAUUGAUUUGAUAUAUUCAAUUGAGGCAUUAAUAAGAAUUGCAUGAGUCCUGAUCAAACUUUUGUGAUUCCUACUUUAACCUAGAACGAUAGUCUCUACAUAGAUUAAUAGAGCAACCGACUCGCUAAAACACAACUCCUAACAAAGGCCAAGUGUAACCAAUGAAAGGGACUGCAGUAUAGUGGCUCAAGUAAUAAAUAUCGAAUCCAUGGGUCUCUAGAGUUACAAUUACCCAGCUUCAGUUCAUUAUCUAGCAAACCAAAUUAAGAUGGAAGAACUAAAACUACUCGAGCAAACUACAGUUAAAGUUAAUCCAAUUACAGGUUGGAAACUCACUUAAGUAUGAUUCCCCUAGCCACUAGCCAGAUUAAUGAUUGAUGAUCUCUAACCUGUUUCACUUUCAUUCACAAUGUGAAGAAUCAUUGACUAGAUCUUGAAUCUCGAACAAAGGAUCAAGGCCCUCUUGAGUCGAUUGUCUAGAGGGACGAAUCCUUCUCUAGAACAACCGAUCAAGGCGUUCUGAACUAGACUCUCUCUAUCGAAUGAGAUUCUCAAUCGAUACAAAUCAGUGAAUCGACCCUCUACUAAAGCAAUCGAUCCAAUAUUAUCAAUCUAUGAUGCUCAAUUGACCUAAUCUGGUAUUCGCUCUCAUAAGAUCAAAACAAAAUCAAUAAUCUCGACUAAAGCAGAAUUGAAUCAUGAAAUCAUGCAUAGAUUGAAUAUGAACUCAUAGUUAUCAAGUAGGAGUACUCAUACAAUCAUCCAAUCAAACAAACAUAGCUAGGGUUCGUCAAAACCUAAGUGAAGGGAAGUUACUCCAUAGAGAAGAGAGAGACUGCAGUAAGAAUCUUCAGAUGAUCAGUCUUCAAGUCCGGGCUUGUUCCUCUAGCUUCCAAGGCGAAGAAAUCCUCCAAUUCCACUCCAAGAUUGCCCUCAAAUCACCAUCUCUCUCUUUGGUUCGUCCCUUGGGUGUUUGUGAUCCAAAACCCAGCUCUCCUCCUCAAUAAACGCACAAAACAGGCUUUUAAUAACCCGAGUUCAUGAAACCCGGUCUAAAUUCCUGGUCGGGCAUUUAGGGAUCCGGUCGGGUAUCAAUACAAUGCUCCGGGUCACUUUUCUAGGCAAAGGGAAAAAUAUCUAAUCGGGUAUUUUUGGUUCACGACCGGGGGGCCUUCUGAGUUCUGAUCAAAAUAACCUAUCAGAUGCUCAAACUACCCUAUCGUGUAUUUGACUCUACUGACCGGAUAUUUUACAAUUUCGGGUCCCCUGUCUUUGAUUUUUCGUUUCUCCCUCGUUCGGACUCCAAAUCAAGUGUCGUUUUAUCCCAUACGCUCGUAGUCUCAUCCUCUUUCUUCUCAUGACAAGAUUACAUGAUUAUUUAGUCACAAAAUGAGGUAGAAAUCCAUUCUUCUUCAAGUCAUGUCUGAGUUUCUUCCCCCGAGUCGCCAUUUGAUCUCCGAUUUGAAACUUGCACCUACACUUCAUUUAUGUGCUAGGACCGGAAAUGUGACAACCUAGCGUAAAAUAGGUCAAAGAAGCGAUAAUGAAAGCAUAAACGAUCAAGAAACAAUGAGAAAACAUGUGCAAAUAUCAGUCAUCAACAACCUUAAUUGGAAUUAGUGGAUCAAUAACUUUAGUCGAGGAACUGCUCUGUAUUGGAAUUAAAACCAGUAGAGGAAGUUUGGUGUGUUAUUGCCUCGGUCAGUCUACGUCGGUGGAGGUUAGUCGCCCGCCUGGUAUUCGAAUUGAGAGGGUCUGGAAUUCUUUAGUCGAGAUUCCAGACUUGUCCAGAACUUUCUGCUGUAUAUCUGUCAUUUGAACUGAAUUGGGGGAAUUACAAUCUGAACUAACUGCAGACUAGGGGGAUUCAUAUCUGGAUGACCUUUUGCAUAUUUCAAACUAUAAUAUUUUCUAUUUUCUGUUUGUUUUUGUUUUUGAUAAUUUUCACUCGAAUAGAAUCGCUAGAUAACAGAGAUUCACAGAGUAGAUAGUAAAUCUAGGACCCAGAUUGAUAAGUAAAAUUGAGCCACUUUACUGCAUUUCCAUACUGCGAUUAUAUUUGGUCGCAGUUUGGUGUUGUGUUUUAGCGAGUCAAGUUUUUGGCGCCAUUGCCGGGACGUCUUGGUUAUUGUAGAAAUGUGAAAGUACGUUACUUUAUCAUUUACUUUUUUUCAUUUUAUCUCUUCCACUUGUGUGCCUUCAUGGGUUGUGUUUGCAGAUUGUGUGUAGGUAGUGCAUAAAUCAUAGCGAGAAAGAAGAAGAGAUGGGGGAUCCUACAAAUCAGUUGGGGGAUCCAAAUGGGGCUCAAGUUCAUCCCGAGGAGCGAACUACAGGGUACUACUAGACCCCCAGGGCCGAGGAUUUGAGGUCAAGCAUCCAACAUCCUCAAGUUGAUGCCAACAACUUUGAGGUGAAGACCUCUAUCAUCACAAUGUUGAAGGGCUAUGUGGUCUUUCAUGGAAGGACAUGUGAGUGCCCACGCGAGCACCUGCGGCGGUUUCACGAGCUGAUUGAUGGGAUCAAAAUCAAUGUGGUCCCUCAAGAAGCCAUCCGGCUAUGCUAUUUCUCAUUCACUAUUGAGGGACUGGCCAAGACGUGGCUGGACAAUCGGGCUCCAUGGUCGAUCACCACGUGGACCGACAUGGCCAAUAAAUUCAUGAUUUGCUACCAUCCCCCCAAUCUAAAAUAGAAAAUCUACAGAAGGAGAUAACCCACUUCAAACAGAAGGAGGAUGAAACUCUCUGGGAUGCUUGGGAGAGAUACUCAGGUCUCUUCUUGAAGUGCCCAAACCAUCGGUUCAGCUGAUGCCUUCAAGGUAGCACCUUCUGUCGGGCUCUCUUUCUCAAAGACAAGCAGUUGAUUGACUCAGACUGUGGCGGGAACAUGCUAACCAAGAUGCCAACCCAGUUGAACAAACUCUUUGAAUAAAUGGCGGAGUAGAGUUAUGAUUGGGGUUCUGCAAGGAGAUCUCUACGAGCAUCGGGCUGCGGCACCAGCAUCUUAACCUUUCCUGUGGUGGCAAGAGCAAUCCUAAGCCAUUAGUCCAAUCAACAUGCCGUUAAAGUUCUUGACGGAAUAGCUUUAUCUGUGUAUUUUUCAAAAUUUGGCUAUUGUUGUCACAAAGUGCGAAUUUGUGGCUAUACAAGUGUAUUUAGCCUUAAAAUUGAACUCAUGUUUGCUACAUAUAUUCAGGUGUAGUGUUUGGUUUUACUAGACACAUUAUGAAUUUUUCUGGGAUAGGAAAGAACUUUCAGAACCUGAAACUGAGAACAUGGUUUACAUUUUGACAUGCAUUUUCCUUACACAGGAUAGCGUUUACCAAAGUGUGAAAACCAGGAGCUUCAAAAUCUAAUCUAAGAAAAUGCUUAGAGCAAAUCGGUUCACAAAUCUUGUCCGUUCGACCAGAGAUUCAUUCUUCUCAUGUGAAGUCCCAAGAGGCUAAAGCUCAUCACCGUAUCAUCAUUGACUUGAGGAGCCAACCAUGAGAUUGUUUAGAAGGUCAUGAAGAAAAAGGUGAAGUAUGGACCGAAGGAGAGCCCAAGAUCCGCAAAAGAGUUAGAAUGUUUUGUGUCAUGGUGGACAACUUAGAAUGUUUGGUGAUGCUGAACAAGGAGUUAGACUGCUAUGAAAAUGAUUGUAAUGUUUUGUAUCUUUGGUAAUCUUUCCAUUAUCAUAUUGCAAUGGAGAAAACAAUUUCGAAUUAUGAAAAUUUUAAAGCAGGUCAGAUGUGACAACAUGUCAUGUCGUCACAUUAUGUACAUUGCCUGACAAAUUGUUCUCUUGUCAUAUUAGACAUGAGAUAAAUAAACCACUUGUGAUGACAACCUAUACUCGUCAUAAUAUGCGGUUAUGACAAAGUAUAUUCGUCAUAAUAUUCAGUUAUGAAAAAAUAAUGUCAUCACAAUAAACACUUGUGACAAAAUGUAAUCGUCGCAAUAUACAAUUAUGACAAAAUAUAAUCGUGUACUAUGACGAACUAUUCUCUCAAAAUCACCAGAUUAUGACAAUCGUAAUGACAAAAUAUGUCGUCAUAACAUCUCUGUUUGCCACAAUAGACUACCCAGAACCUCGGCCAUACUGAAAACAAAUAUGAUAACCUUGUUUUAAAUUUUUGUCACAUUUGAACUAUCCUGACGACGAUAAAAUGACAAACCUUUGUGACAACAUCUCUUAUCAUAUUAUACCUAAUAUGAAAAAAUUGAUAUCUAAUAUGACAAAAUUGCCUCGUCAUAAUAGGCCGAAUUUGUUGUAGUGAUCUCUUCUUCUUUCUCGCUAUAAGAUCCAUCGACGACAACGACCUUGUCCAAGUCCUCCUCCGCAGCCAGUCUCGCUUGCAAUGCUUUCUUAAACUUACGACAAGUCCGUUCGAGCUGUUGAUCUAAUGGCAGUGAAUCUCCCGACUGGCUACGGGUUAUGCACUACCUACACUCAAUCUGCAAACACAACCCAUGAAGGCACAUAGGUGGAAGAGAGAAAAUGCAAAAAAACAAAUGCUAAAGUAACAUACUUUCACGUUUCUGCAAGAUACAUAAUCUCACACUCAUAGAGAUUCUAUAUCUCGAUUUACCAGCUUUUUCCUCCUACUUUAUCGCUUCCUUUUCUUAAUUAUCCCACCAAAAUAUACGUAUCAAUAAAUU